AUGGCAGCAGUGGGGACGUUGUCAAGAGUUGCCCGAUGGGGUGCAUGUAAUGUUAUUGGCAGAAGUCGUCGUUUAAUAUUUAACAGAAUACAGAAACGCGGGAUAGCAGCUUCAAUAGAUCCGUCAAUUGGGCUCACAGAUGAACAGAAGGAAUUCCAGAAAGUUGCCUUUGACUUUGCCGCUAAUGAAAUGGCACCACACAUGGCUGAAUGGGACCAAAAGGAAAUGUUUCCGGUGGAGACCAUGAGGAAGGCGGCGCAGCUCGGCUUUGGUGGGAUUUAUGUACAACCUGAUGUGGGAGGCUCGGGGCUCUCUCGCCUAGACACAUCUGUCAUUUUUGAAGCCUUAUCCACUGGCUGUGUCAGCACCACAGCAUACAUCAGCAUUCAUAACAUGUGUGCCUGGAUGAUUGAUACCUUUGGUAAUGCUGAGCAAAGGGAGAAGUAUUGUCCUGACCUCUGUACAAUGGAGAAAUUUGCCUCCUACUGUCUCACUGAGCCUGGUAGUGGGAGUGAUGCAGCGUCUUUACUGACCACAGCAAAGCGAGAAGGAGACCAUUAUAUCCUAAAUGGCUCUAAGGCUUUCAUCAGUGGAGGGGGAGACACGGAUGUGUACAUUGUGAUGUGUCGAACGGGUGGCAAAGGCCCUAAGGGCAUCUCCUGUCUCGUGUUGGAAAAAGGAACCCCAGGACUCAGUUUUGGCAAAAAGGAGAAGAAGGUUGGGUGGAAUUCACAGCCAACUAGAGCUGUAAUAUUUGAGGACUGUGCUGUUCCAGUGGCCAAUCGGCUCGGGGAGGAGGGGCAAGGCUUCAAUAUUGCCAUGAAAGGUCUCAAUGGGGGCCGGAUUAAUAUUGCCUCCUGCUCGCUGGGGGCGGCUCACGCUUGUGUCCAGCUCGCUCGAGAUCACCUGUGCGUACGCAAACAGUUUGGAGAAACUCUGGCGAACAACCAGUUUCUGCAGUUUAAGCUGGCAGAGAUGGCCACUAAGCUGGUAGCGUCUCGGCUGCUGGUGAGAGAGGCCGCGCGGGCUCUGCAGGAGAACAGGCCGGACGCGGUAUCAUUGUGCUCCAUGGCCAAGCUCUUUGUCACUGAUGAGUGUUUUACAGUAUGCAACCAGGCCCUGCAGAUGCAUGGAGGUUAUGGCUACCUGAAAGACUAUGCAGUGCAGCAGUUUGUGCGGGACAUUAGAGUGCAUCAGAUACUAGAAGGUACAAACGAAGUGAUGCGAAUGAUCAUUGCCAGGAGUUUAUUAACAGAGUCAUGAUGCUGAUCUCGUGUCUGUCAGGGGACAUCUCGGACUGUCUCGUCACUGUGGUGCUGGGAUCUAGGACCUGUAGGAUUGACCUCUAGUUUCUAUUAAUCAAAGUUUUGAAUUUCUUGAAAAUCAGUCUUUGGGCUGAAAGCUGUGGGAAUUUUUGCUGUUUUUUUUUUUUUUGAAAACAACAUAUUUUGUCAGAUCUUGUCACUACAUUAUCAUGUCCCCUGAAACAGUAAAAGUAGAGUUACUGCAAAAGUAUUCAUUUUUGUUCUUUUUUUUCUCAUUAGAUUUCUGAGUUAAUUACAGUCCAGUGUAGCUAUUUGUGGGUGAGGUGGCAUUGCUGUCACUGUGUUACAUGGCACUUGUAGACAUGUCUGUGUUUUCAAUGCCAUAUAUGUCCUUCAUACUCACUGUAAAACACUGUCUUUCAUUAUGUGUUUGUUGAAUUGAGUUAAUACAGAAAAUCUUCAACAUUGUUUCAAUAGGGUUUCAUACAUGACCUUCACACCACAGGUUUUCUCUGCUGUCUUUCAUUACAGGGCACAGAGACUGUGUCUAAUCCACCAUAAUGAGUCAACAAAGCAGCACCCUUUACAUGUUUCUCCCUCAAAAAAAUCACAUGAUUUACAGAUUGUUUUGUUUUUAUCUGUUAAAACCAAUAAAAAAAAAAGUAACAUGUCAUUCACCUAUUUUAAUUUGGCAUUUCUAAUGCAGGGUUUGAUUUGAUUCAGUCACUGUUGUUAAGCUGACCUUAAAUGUCUGUUGUGACCCUGAGAUAAAACCUUUGGCGCUCUCAUUGUGCACCUACA